CAGAGAAAUGACAGACAGUGUGUGACCUAAUUGCGGAGGGAGAAAAAGAAGAAAGUCGUGGUGAAGGAACGUUUAUCAUGUUCCGCGACUUUGUUAAAGUCGCUGACUUAAAUACACGAUCACGACAGAACGAUCUUAAUUUUUGAGGAAGAAACAUAAUUCGGAAGAGAUGCAAUUGCAUCAUGUCUUCAGAACCAGUUUGUUGAAAAAAUUCCAGUUUCUUACUACUUCAUAAAAAAUUGGCAAUAAAUAAUGAUCUUUCUUAACAUUUUUGUUAUGAAAAAAUUAAUUGUAAAUCUGUAUUCGAUUCUUAAAUUAUGGGGCACUAUAUAAAAAUGAUGCAAUUCCAUGGUGUUACGUGAUGUUACAUGAUAUGGAAUCGUUUUUGCAACUUUUUGAUCCACAAGAUAAUAAGGAUAUAAGAAAGAGACAAUGGGAUGAUUCUGAAAACGAGGGAAAUGGAUUAUCGGAUUGUGAGACUUCCAGUGCUGAUGAGGAUCAAGAGGAUCGUCUGCCACCAGAACCGGAACAAGGAAAUAUAGAGUACAAAUUAAAAUUGAUAAAUCCAUCUAGUCAACGUUUCGAACAUCUUGUCACCCAAAUGAAAUGGAGACUAAGAGAGGGACAUGGAGAGGCAAUUUAUCAAAUUGGAGUAGAAGAUAACGGUAGAUUGGCGGGUUUAACAAAGGAGGAAAUGAAAGCAUCCUUAAAAACACUAAAGGACAUGGCUUCCAGACUAGGCGCUACCAUAAGAGUAUUACGCGAACGAGUAGCUACAAGUAAGGCUUUGGUGUCUCAAAGCAACAAUAGUAAUAAUAAUAAUAACAAUAAUAAGGAGGAAAAGAAGGUUGCUGAAGUGCUAGUAAAAAAAUUACGGAAGGAUGAUAGAGAGGACCAGGACAGUAUCGUAGAUCUAAGACUGGCGGUUACUGGUGGGCAGGACGCUGGAAAGUCGACUCUCUUAGGGGUAUUAACGCAAGGUGAAUUAGACAAUGGUAGAGGCAGAGCAAGACUCAACAUGUUACGUCAUUUGCACGAAAUAAAGACAGGUCGUACGUCUUCGAUAUCGCAUGAGAUUAUCGGAUUCGAUAGCACAGGUCACGUCUUAAAUUACGCUGAAAUGGCUACAGCCGAAGAGAUAUGCGAACACGCUUCGAAAGUCGUCACUUUUAUCGAUUUAGCUGGACAUCGGAAGUACUUGAGGACGACAGUGCUUGGGCUCACAGGAUAUUCACCGCAUCACGUUAUGCUGGUGAUAGCACCUCCUCUGAACGAAGCGUCGCAGGAACACAUGGCUCUCUGUUUAGCAUUAAAACUUCCGUUCUUCAUUGUCGUGAAUAAAAUCGAUUUAGGAUUUUGCGACAUAUCCGACACUCUAGUUCAACUCGAGAAUGCUAUGAGGACGCAGGGCUAUCCUAAGCAAUUAGUAUUGUUCAGCAAUAAUGAAAUACCAUCGUGGGAUUGUACGUCUGAUCUGAUACCAGUAUUUAGUGUCAGUUGCGUCACCGGUGAAGGCCUCGAAGAAUUGACUACUUUUAUCAAAAAUUUGGCACCUUACGAAACGAAUUCGAUUGAUUCGGAUUCGGAAUCGUGUUUAUUUCAGAUUGACGAAACGUUUAGGGUAGCAGGCUUGACGCAACCAGUUUUAGGAGGAUUACUGGUUAAAGGGGCAAUCGCUCCAGGAACUCGUUUAUUAGUAGGACCUCUGCCGGACGGAGAAUUUAGCCCAGUGAAAGUCGUUAGUCUGCAUCGCAAUAAAGCUCCGUGCUGUUUAGUUCGAGCCUCGCAAAGUGCCAGCUUGACCUUGGCACCGCCGACGAAUCGUAGCCCUCCCUUGCCGCACCUUCGCCCAGGAAUGGUUUUAGUUUCUUUACGUGAUCGACCACAUGCAACAUUUUUCUUUCAGGCAACGGUAUUGAUAGUGUACCAUGCUACUGCGAUAUUUCCCGGAUUUCAAACAACGGUGCACGUGGGUAAUGUGAGACAGACCUGUGUCAUCGAGGGAAUAAUGGACGCGACAGACAGGGGACUGCAGACGAACGACACCGCCUCCGUGUUAUUCAGAUUCGUCAGUCAUCCGGAGUAUCUUCACGUUGGAAUGCGAUUGUUGCUCAGAGAAGGGCGUACUAAGGGGAUUGGUAAAAUCACGCAGAUCUUCCCUCUGAUCGGAUCGCAGAACUCGAUCAAAUAAAAGAAAAAUAAAAUUUGACGCGAUGUAAAACAAUAACCGCUAUACCAUCUUUUAAUAUUUGUGAUGUGUAACUUAAAGGAAAAAAAAAAGGAAAAAUGCAUAGAUGUUUUAUAAAAGUAGAAUCGUGUCGCUGGCGUUAUUAGUAUUGAAUAAUAUUUAAUAUUUAUAUUUUUUUUGUUAUAUACUGCUCAAAAUAAUUAUGAAAUCUCUUUUUGAAAUAUCAAUAUUAUGUAUAUAUAAAGCUUUGAACAUUUUUUGUUAGUAUUGUAACAUUUUUAUUUCUUUUGCUACAAGUAUAAAUGCAUAUUUUGCGCAAUUUGGAGGAUUGGUCAAAAAUGUGAUCCAGUUAUUUUUGAGCAGUAUAUUAACAUACGUAGAGAAAGAAUUUUAUUUUAUGUGUUACAGAUAGUUGAGAAUUUUAUUAGAAUAUAUCAGAAAGAGCAGGUUAAGCGGUAUGUUUUACGAAGAGAGAUAGUUAGGAUCUUUUUUGCCUAGAAGCAAUUUUGUGUUCCUGUUUUAAAUGGUGUAUUAACACGUUUUAGAAAAAGAAUUUAUUUUUGUGUGUGACAAGUAGUUAUGAUUUUAUUAGGAUGUAUUCGAAAAGGCAAGACAACUUAUGCAAAGGUUUUUAUUUAAAACUUUUAUUGAAAAGUUUUAUUCAAACUCUUUAUGCAAGAGGGCUUUCAUUAAAACCAAGGACUCGGACCGGAUAAGAAUUAACCGGAACUGGAACCGUAAUCGUAAUCGUUUCGUUUUUGAUCAAACCGAAACUAUAACUGAACUGAAAUUUCAUAAUGUUUAUAAUAUCGGAACCAUAACCGAAUUGGUUAAAUUAUUUACGGUUUUUUUUUUUCAAUUUUUUUUUGUUGGUUCCGAUUUGGUUUUGGUCCGGUCUGAGUCCCUGAUUAAAACUUUGACGUUUAAGCAUAUAUUAUUUAAUUAUUUAGUUUUUUAAUUAGAUUAAUUAGUAUAUAAUAAUUCUUAUGAAACAAAUUGAAAUCUAUUUUAUGUUUAAUGAGAUCAAGAAAAUGAUUUUUUCUUUUUCUAUAAUAUUACUAUGCUUCUGAUACACAAUCUCGAGUUAUGAGCACAGAUUGGUUCAUGGAAUCUGCACAAAUCUUUAUGUACAUUAUGCGAUUAAAUUCGCAAAUUUCAGAUUUUGCAGUAAAUUGCAUUGAACAUAUA